AUGGACGCUGACACUUACAAAUACAACACGGAUCACACCUCCGUAAAGGUGCAUGAAGCCCCAGGCGGCCACUCAUCAAUCAGCCUCGCUUGGAGUGGCCAACGAGAUCCUCAACCAAAGCGAAAAUCAGAGCAGCACUUGAAACAAAUGCAAUCUAGCAUUUUCUCAGACCCAGAACCACAGCGACAACAACGAAACCAGCCUGCUUACAAUCAAAAUUAUGAUAGAAAAAAGCCUCAAAGAGAUAUAGACAGAGAAUACGUCCCAAGAGACAACUAUGACGAAAUCCCACCAAGGCAACAAAAUCGGAAAAACCGAAAUGAGGAACCUUAUGACCAAUACCAAAGGGAUUAUCAAGAGCCUCAAAGGAAUUAUAACGAUCGUGGCUAUGGAAAUGCUAGAGAGCAGGACUAUUAUGAAGAGCCACGAGGUGGAAGAAAUAGAGACUACGAAGAGCCAAGGGAGCAAAAUCAGAGAAAUCGUGGGUACAAUGAAGAAAGAAACCGUGGGUAUAAUGAAGAAAGAAACCGUGAGUACAAUGAAGAAAGAAACCGUGGGUAUAAUGAAGAAAGAAACCGCGGUUACAAUGAAGAACCUAGAGACUCAUACCAAAGGAACCGUGGAUAUAACGAAGAACCUCAACGAAAUAGGAAAAAUAAUGAAUAUAUUGAAGAAAAACCUCAGAGAAGCCAGAGAGAUUAUGAAAAUGAAGGAAGGCAGAAUGAUAGAAGAAGGAGCAAUAAAGACCCUUAUGAAGAUAGAGGGUAUUAUAAAGAAAGCUCUGAUAGGUCUCCAAUAGAGAGGCGAGGAUACCAGAGAAAUGAAGAAAGAGAUUAUGAUGAAUCAAGAAAAACUGAUUUAAAUGUGAAAACGUCAGUAAAGGUCCAUGCCCCACCUGGUGGGAAAACUAAUUUCAUAUUUGGUUAA